GCCUCUUAGCUUCUCAAAAUGGCUGAUCAUGUCUUGACUCAUAAUGGCUCAGACCGAAUAAUCUCGGCUCCUUCAUCCCCACCUCACUCUCCAUCGGCGCCUAUAUCCCCAGAUAUUCCAAACUCUGCAAAAACCACACCCACUAAACCGAAAACUGGCCAUGAGGUCACGUUUUCGGUUACCCCAGGGCAUGGAAAUUCACCUGAUCACCCAGAUACCGUGCCGCCUAGUGGGGCAAGGACACCCAUGGCUUUUAUUAAAGCUAGGACACCGAAAUUUAUGACACCCUUGGGUAGUCCAGUAAGAAAGGUUCUUCGUAUGACGACAUUUAACAAAAGGGACGCAUGGUUGCCUAUUACUGCAUCAAGAAAUGGAAAUGCGUAUUAUGCCGCUUUUCAUACUCUUUGUGCAGGGAUUGGGAUUCAAGCACUUAUUCUUCCGGUUGCUUUCACCAUUCUUGGCUGGGCUUGGGGAGUGAUAACGUUGACUUUAACAUUCAUAUGGCAACUGUAUACUUUGAACUUGCUAGUAAAUCUUCAUGAAUCAUCUGAAACUGGCGUGCGAUACAGUAGAUACAUGCAACUGGCCCGUGCCACAUUUGGUGAAAGGCUAGGGAAGAUCCUUACCCUAUUCCCAAUUGUCUACUUAUCAGUAGGUACAUGUAUAGCAUGUAUCAUUAUUGGAGCAUCAACAUCCAAAAUAUUCUUCCAAGUUGUUUGUAGUGACUCUGGUUGCAAUCCGGAAAAGCUCACAGUGGUUGAAUGGUAUUUGGUGUUUACUUGUGGUGCCGUAAUCCUGUCUCAACUGCCUAAUCUAAACUCAAUAGCCGGUGUCUCGCUCAUUGGAGCCAUCACUGCCCUCGGAUACUGCACAACCAUAUGGAUCGUGUCUGUAAAGGAAGGCAGACUACCUAAUGUUUCAUAUAAUCCGGUUAGGGCUGGCGUCGAAAUCACCAAGAUUUUUGAUGUGCUAAAUGCGCUAGGUAUCGUUGCCUUUGCAUUUAGAGGACACAAUCUUAUAUUGGAGGUUCAGGCUACCAUGCCCUCAAACGAAAAGCAUCCAUCAUCGGUACCAAUGUGGAACGGUGUCAAAGUUUCGUACUCACUUAUCGCAUUGUGUUUGUUUCCGCUUGCUAUCGGAGGCUAUUGGGCUUAUGGUGCAAUGAUUCCACCCGGUGGGAUGUUGACUGCACUAUUCGUGUACCACAUAACAGAUGUGAAAAAAUCGGUCCUAGCACUAACAUGUUCAUUUGUGAUCAUCAACACCUUUAGCUCAUUCCAAAUUUACGCAAUGCCAGCAUUUGAUGAGAUGGAGGCAGUAUACGUGAAAAGAUUUAAAAGGCCUUGUCCAUGGUGGCUCAGGGUGAUCAUAAGAACAUGUUUUGGAUUUUCUUGUUUCUUGGUCGCGGUGGCAGUCCCGUUUGUAAGCAAUAUGGCUGGUUUGGCUGGUGGGAUCGCGUUGCCCGUUACUUUGGUGUAUCCAUGCAUCAUGUGGCUAAAGGUGAAGAAACCAAAGGUGUAUAGCCCCAUAUGGUGUUUAAAUUGGGGACUUGCGGUAAUUGGACUCAUCUUGAGUGCACUCUUGACGGCAGCAGGAGGUUAUAUCGUUAUCCGUGAUGGUGUUAAGUUUGAUUUCUUCAAGCCAAAGUAG